CCCCUGCCAAAUGCAUCCGUUGAAGCGUUACAGUACGUACGUACCGAUAGUAGAAAUACUGUAGUAGAAAACACGGAACUACAGUACUUGUACUUCACAAUACGAACGACUGUAAUAGACUAUCUAGUACUGUAAUAUGUACUGUAAUAUCAUUAUUAUUCUCAACCAUCGUAAACAGUAGCAGCCAUGGAGGAACAAAAUGACUCUAUCGUUGUUUAUCUAUGUUCAUACUCGGAAGCAAAAUCAAAAUGAGAAAUAACAGUUUCAUGUUGGCUYUUGCUAUGUGAUCUGCUACCGAUGGCCUGACUUACUGAACGAUUGACCAAUCAAGAAAGAAGAAUCUGUUUUCGCUGCGAUCUCGUACCUACAAMAAGCUAAAGUAUGAAACARGGAAAAUGCGAAAAUGCACCUCUGGCUAUAACAGACACAGAGGCAACAUGGACCUCGGUAUUUGAUGCACCCUGCUGGGUGAGUAGUCUGUAUUUUUCUGCUCCAAUGUCAGGAAAAGGCGAUUGGGAGUUUCGCAAUGGAACCCAUGACGAGGGAAGUAGAAGCGAAGAUAUCUGUCGUUGCCCGGAAGAUACGGCAGAAAUUCGGAAGGAAAAGCAAGAAGUUCUUGGGUGGACAUUCGAUUCCUGCGCUCGGGGAGUGACCGUAAUGGGGACUGCGGUUUUUGUCAGCUCUGAUCUACUACGAUUAGCUAAAGAAGCAGCAGGUUGUAUCGAUCCGGAUGAAGAAUGUACAGGAAGAAUAUAUGGGAUGCGCCCGUCUUCGAUUCUAACAAACAUUGUAAUGUUAGUAGGGUUGUUGAGUGCCUUUGUGAUGCCGUUGAUUGGAGCGGUUAUUGACCACACAAAUUAUCGAAGAGCAGUCGGGAGUCUUUCUGCUGGCUUCAUGGCUGUUACGAUACUUUUACAAAUGCUGAUAAUGGAGGAUUAUUGGUUUAUAGCAGCGAUAUUGCAGAUCGUCGUUGCCUUUUCUUAUACUGUACACCUGUGUGCGGUUUAUGCUUAUCUGCCAGAGCUCACUUCCGAUCAUGAGAAACUCACGGAAUAUACAACACGGUUUACGGCCGCUCAAUACUUGGGGAGUGUCGCAUUUCUCCUUAUUAUGAUAGGAAUACUUUCCACGGUGAAUCGCGACGAUAGAUUCAGCGCAACGCUGCUUUCGCAAUCUUUAGUUUUCAGUGUGUGCUUUGUAUUAUUUGGCUACGCAUGGACAGUGUUAUUUCAACCUCGGCCGGCUUCGCAGCAAGUUCCAUCAAAUGAAUCAUUGGUAUCUGCGGGCUUUCGGAAGAUUUACAAAACAGCGCAAACGAUAUUGUUACAUCACUCCGCCAUCAAAUGGUUUCUAGUCUCAGUCGCCUUCACAGAAGCUGCAACAACAGCAUUUACAACGAUAGCAAUUACUUAUAUGACAGAAAUGCUCGGAUUCAGUGCAAAAGAAAAUGGAAUCGCGAUAUUGAUCCUUUUGAUUUUCGGAGUACCUGGUGCAAGGAUUGCAGCAUACCUUUCGGCGACUUUCAAUCCAAUCAGAAGCCUUCAACUGAAUCUURUUUUCUGGAUUUGCAGUAUUGUCUUUGCUUCCCUGCUGUUAUACAAACCGGAUCAGCACGCCAGAGCGUACCUGUUUGCUGUGGUAUGGGGACUUUCGAUAGGCUGGGUAUAUCCGACCGAAAAGACCCUUUAUGUAACCAUUAUUCCGCGUGGACAGGAAGCAGAGCUCAUGGGAACGUAUAUAUGUUGCUGUCAGAUCCUAUCGUGGUUGCCACCCUUGAUCUUCUCUGCGAUGAACGAAACAGGAUUUUCGCUGCAAAUAGGACUUGCGACAUUAAGCUUAUAUUUUUUGACGAGUUUGUGUAUAUUAUUUUUYGUCGGAGACUAUGGUGAGGCUGUAUUGCAUGCAAAGAAUAAUGACAAAGGGUGCAUUCCUUUUACUGUUAAUGAAAAGGAAGAUAUGGGAGCAGCCAUYGGAGCAUGCUACGAACAGUUUACGGAAGAAACAAURUGCGAUCCCGGAGGUUCUACAUUGCCAGAGAGCGACCGAGCGCAAAGUGAAAUAAGCAGAAACAAUUAUUCGAGUCACCGAAUAUAGUAACUGAAUUUCAUGUAUUCAUACGAAUGGCAAGUUCGCUGUAAUAUUUAUGAUUGUCAAUAGUAGAAAUCUAAUUAUUCAAAUUGGACUAUCUGUACGACAGUUUCGCUGAUAUUACAAUACAGUAUCAUAAGAUAC